UGCAUGUUACCUAACUGAUGUCAACGGUGCUUCCCUGCUGUUGGAGUUCGUGAAAGGAAAGAAGUCGCCUCCAGAACGAACUUAACCAUUUUAACAUUGGGCUGUAAACAUCUUAAAAAACAACCAAUUAUCACUAAUUGCACAGUCAACAGUAAUGGACACUCUGGCACCAGGUCAUGUUCACACGAGUUUACAAAAUAAAGACGAAAGCACAUUAUGUAGUACUCCAAGUCUUGUGUUGGGGAGGGGAGAGCAGAGCCGAGCAAAAGAUGGGGAGGUUGGGAAUGCUGUGUUUUGGAAUGAUGAUGACGACGAUGAUGAUUAUACAGGUGGAAGGAGACGGAAAUCAAAUGUUCAGAGUGGGAGGGUUGGAUGCGUGGGCCUUACCCACCAACGGAAGACCUGAUCUUUACGAAAAAUGGGCUGCCGACAUCAAAUUCAAAAUUGGGGACGCGCUUUUGUUUCUGUAUCCUCCUAGUCAGGAUCUGGUGGUUCAAGUGAAAGAAGAAGCAUAUGCCAAGUGUGAUAUAUCAAGUCCCAUUACAACAUUCAAUGAUGGCAACUCUUACUUCAGCUUCAAUUACUCUGGCUACUUCUAUUUCACCAGUGGGAGGCCGGGGAACUGUGCCAAGUCCCAGAAACUUGCAAUUGCUGUAGCAGAUUCUAAUGGGGCUCUGCCUCCACUUCCAUCAUCCUCAGUCAAUGGGUACCUGGGGAUUAGUCCAGAUACUGCUAUUGCUAGCAUGCCAGCUGCCAGUGCUACUUCUGGUGCCAGUGUUACCUUGAUGCACCCUGUAGAUUCUCUUGCUUUCAUCAUUACCCUAUUAUUUGGAUUUUAUAUGUUUCUAUUUCAGAUUUAGGAUCUGUAAUUGUCAAGUUUCUAAGAUCUUUUGGUGACACUGGAUUGGGAUAGGAUAGAUUAGUAUAUUGCCCUUAAGCAGAUUUUUUCAGACAUAUCUAGAUCAAUAAAUGACAUCAGUUGGGUUGAGAAUCUUCAUUAUAUUGCCCUGCAUUAAAGCAGCUACUCUGAGAUGGGUUGUAAAUCUCAGCAGUUCCCUUGUGAGAUGUAAAGCUGGGCAGAUUUGAAUCUUGAAGUGGGGAGCCAGCCCAGAGGUUCAGGGCAAGCUUUAAAUCUGAAUGAAUUUUAACCAGGGUCAUUAUCCUGGUAAUGCUCGGUCUUUUACCACCGAGUCAUACCAAUGACUGAUUUACACCAUUAUUAUUGAGAAGGGUAACUUCAGAUAAUGCUGGCAGAAGGAUAGGAGUGAUGUCCAAAAUAUAAAAUGUAGCCAUUCUUUCUAUUGUAAUAUAUCUAUUUGAUUAUUAGAACA